AUGUUUAUUUAUUUAAUUAUCAUCUAUUUAACCCAAUUAUUUAAUUUAACAUUUUCUUCUUCCACAUUAAAUGCAGCAAACAAUAAAGGCCCUUGUUAUGAUCUAACAGCAGAUAAUUAUUUCCCAAAUUCAAAUAUUUGCCCAAACGAAGCUGAGAAUGCUGUUGACCCGGAAAUUCCAACAGAAAAAUUAUGUAGUACAACAACUAAUGGAAGAUUUAAUUUAAUAGGGCUAUUAAGAAAUGGAAAUGCUGUACCUGAUAUAAAUAAGGAAAGAAAUGAAAAUUGUGAAAUACCGGAUCAAAUUAUUUAUUCAAGUAGAUGUAGAAAAAGUUGCAGAACAUGCUGUUUAUUGCCAGAAUAUGGAAGUUGUAAAGGUAAAGAGAUAUAG